GAUAAUUUGCCUUUGCCUUCAAAAACAAAUAAAACAUGCAAAUUUUCACCGUGUUUUUGAUACUUUUCUGGGGUGUAUUGGCAGCCGAUGCUGAACUCGGAGUGAUCAGCGAUAUCAGCGACGAAACCUUUGAGAUGCUGAUAUCAGGCGGCUACAAGCCGAAGAGCAACCGGCUGUCCCGACACGUGGUCUCAAUCCGCACCCAGACCUAUGUGAGGCACCGGGGGGACAACCACUUCUGCAGCGGAGUCCUGGUGAGCAGCCGAGCGGUCCUAACUGCUGCCCACUGCCUUACGGAUCGGUACAAGGCAUCAAUGAAUCCACGGGGCAUUCGCGUGGUUUUCGGCCAUGUAGUACGUCUGGCGGACUAUGACGAAUCAGACACCCGCAGAGUGGAUCGCCUUGUGGUCCAUCCGGACUACGAGCGCUACAAGAAGAACGACCUUGCCAUUCUCAGGCUUUCCGAACGCAUCCAAACCUCCAACCACGACGUCCUACCGCUGCUCAUGCGCAAAACGGCGAAUGUGACAUAUGGCGACACGUGCGUCACCAUCGGCUGGGGGCAGGUAUAUCAGCACGGACCGUACUCGGAUGAACUGCUCUAUCUGGACGUUAUCUUAAGGCCACCCUCGCUCUGCCAGAAGCACUACGACACCUUUGUUGCCGAUCACCACGUGUGCACGGAACCCGUUGGCGAGGCUAUGACGUGUGCCGGAGACAUGGGCGGCCCGCUGCUCUGCAAGGGUGCUCUGUUCGGACUCAUUGGCGGACAUCUGGGCUGCGAGGGCGGCAAGGCCAUGAAGUUCCUGAGCUUUCUAUACUACAAGGAUUGGAUUCUCGUCACAAUCAAAUCCCUUUCCGUUGGCGCACUAACGGAGUGCUUUAGUGGCUCCUUUCUUAUUCCCCUUCUACUGAUUCUUGUAAGCUGGCAAUAA